GUGGGACCUCAUCUCUUGCAGCCAUGAUUUGUGGUAUAAAUUUGGUAGCAGGGUAAAGGUACGAUCAAGCGCCACGUAACUAGAAUAAUGGUUUAAACUAUAGAAGCCACUGGAGUAGGAGACUUUUCUACCAUUGCGUUGGAUAUAGACAAAAACAUCAAGAGAUUUCCAAGUGCAUAUACACGGGAAGAUUUGGGCCUGCUGAUGAUUUAGUUUACCAGGUCAUAGCUGCCAGCUACAAGAAAGAUUCUUGCUAAUUUCUGUCCAACAUCUGUGAAGUGGUGAUGUUUUAAUAUAAUGGAAUAACAAAGAAAGCUGAAAAAGAUGAGUUUACCUCGACCGUCAGGGCUAAAAGCGCCCUCUAAGAUCGGCAAACCCUUGAGUGUGCCGACCCCACGCCCAUCAGGUACAAGCAUUCCAUUGCCUGGUUCUGUGCAAAAAGUGCAAAGUGCAAUUGCUAAGAGUGCUCGCGCUGCAGGUAUCAGUGCCGGAAACGCAGAAAAGUAUGCUGCUGACGUCAUACAUAACCUCAAAGGCCCUGAGCUGCCUAACCCCCCUCCUCCUGCUGAUGACUUCAUCAUUGGGGACAGGAUCUGGGUGUCCGGCAACAAACCAGGAUUCAUUGCCUUCCUGGGGGAAACCCAGUUUGCAGCCGGUGAAUGGGCAGGAAUUGUGCUGGACAAGUUUGAAGGGAAAAAUGAUGGGUCAGUUCAGGGUAUCCGAUACUUUCAAUGUGAACCCAAACGGGGUGUGUUUGCGCGAAUCUCAAAACUAUCACGGACACCGAAUCUGAUGCUGUCUACAACUCCAAAGCCAGACGAAAACAUGUCCGAAUCGGGACAUUCUGUGAAAGCAACACCAAACGGUUCUCAUAUGAGGCCCACAACGCCAAAAUUAGGAUUAACACCAAGUAGAGGGCCGUUAGGUUCAGCAACCAGUCUGUCCAAGGCACCUGUGAUGUCACUCGGAGGAAAACCCGUCUCUGCUGGGGGAAGUAAAGCGGUGUUGAAGAUAGGUGACCGCGUAUUGGUCAGUGGGACUAAGAUGGGCACUCUCAGAUACGUAGGGCUAACAGAUUUUGCUAAGGGAGACUGGGCUGGUGUAGAUCUCGAUGAAAAGCAGGGUAAAAAUGAUGGUGCUGUAGCAGGGAAAAGAUAUUUUGAUUGCCGCCCCAUGUAUGGGCUGUUUGCUCCAUUACACAAAGUUGCACGCCUCACAUCAGGGUCUGGGCCCGGAGUAGGUACAGGAAGCACCACUCCGAGCCCUCAAGCACGUUCUCUGAUGAACACUAGUCUACGGUUGUCACGGGAACGGAGCGGGAGUCAGGAGUCAGUCAGCUCCAUCAGUUCCUCUGCGUCCAGUGUGUCACGAAGUCGGGCCAAAAACAGCCAGCGACCCAGCACCCUUAACCUCUCCGCCACCACUACGGCCCUACAGAAAGCUUUAAAGGAGAAGGAGGAACACAUAGAACAGCUGCUUAGGGAGAGAGACCUAGAGAGGGCCGAGGUCGCUCGUGCUGCAGCCCAUGUAGACGAGGCGGAGGGCGAACUCACAACCAUGCGUGUUCAGAGCGAGCGUCUUAAGGAGGAUACAGACGAUGCUGUAGUCAAGUUAAGGAGCCAUAUACAACAGCUGGAGAAGGAGAAGGCAGAAAUUCUCUGUAAACUGGAGGAUGAGAAGAGGAAAGUAGAGGACCUUCAGUUCCAGAUAGAAGAGGAAUCCAUAACCAAAGAUGAUUUAGAGUCCAGGACAGAAGAAGAGGAAGCCAAGCUGAAGAACCUGGAGAAGGCUCUGCGACGGGAGAAGGAAAGGGCAGACAAAUUUGAACAGGAGCUGUUUGGUUUUAAGGCCCUGCUGAAGGACAAGUCAGAGAGACUGACCGAAACAGAGGACCAGAAUGUUGUCUUCCUGGACCAGAUAGAGGAACUCACACACAAGUUUUCUCAGGCUGAAAACAAGGUCAAAGGUUAUGAGUCCUCAAGACUUGAGGAAGGGGCCAAGACCAGCCAAGUAAGCAUAGAACUAGAGGAGAAGUCGUCUAAGGUUGCAGAGCUUGAAGACACACUCUCCUCGCGUAACCGUGAAGUGAAAGAACUUCAGAACAAGCUCAGUGAACUGAAUGAAGAAGUUAAAACCAGCACAAUACGCAGACAAAAACUGCAGGAAACUAUCGACAAUUUAUCAGCACAACUUACAAACAGUGGGGAUGCAUCUAACAGUCUAAAUACAGAAAUACAGAACCUCAAAUCACAAAUCUCAGAGUUACAACGACAAGUAGAAUCCGGUAGGCACAAGGAACAACAACUGACCGACGAGAAGAACCAGCUUGAACUACAAAUGAGCGAUAUGGUGAGCAACUCCGGUGAUAGCUCAAAACGUCUUUCUCUGAUGAACGAUCAACUCACAGAGAGGAAUAGAAAAAUCCAGGAACUACAAACAGACUUGUCGAAUUCUACUCAAAAAUGGGGAAGAAUUAACGAUCAACUGACACAACUUCAAUUAGAGAGAGAGAGGGAGAAAGAGAAUUUAAUUAGUAAACAUGAGGAAAAUAUUAAUACAUUUAGGAGUCAAAUUGAAGACAUGCAAAGAGCCUUGGAUAAAGCCAACAAUAAAAUGAAAACAAAGUCAGAAGAUUUUGAAAAAGAAAAGGAAGAAGCCAUUAAACGCAAACAAGGGGAAAUCAACAGUCUUAAAAAACAGCUAGAGCAGAGCAGGGAGGAUCUAGACAAACAGGAAGUUCAGACACAGGCACACAAACGGGUGUUAGACACCAUCACCACAGAGAAGGAUGCACUACAGUUUGAAAAGGAGAAGGCUGAGAAACAAGUGAAGCGUCUGGAAGGGGAGAAGGAGACAAUCAACGGCAACCUGAUCCAUGCUCGUGUAGAGGUCACCAAGAUACAGUCCACUAACGAAAAGCUGGAGGCAGAGCGUGACAGUCUCACGGAACAACUCUCAGACAUCAAGUCUGAGAUCGAGAAAUCCAACAAGUCCAAAAUGGAGUUGCAGAAACAGAAAGACAGUGCUCAGUCGGAGAAGGAUGCUGCUAUAAGUGAGCGGGAGAGUCUACAAAGGGAGAUAAUAGAGGGCAAGGUCACACUACAACAGAAAGAUAUGCAGAUGGAGGAACUACAGAAAAAGUCUGAAGAGUUACAGAGAGAGACAAGCCAACACGAAGAGACGAUAUCACAGUUAUCAGUACAGGAAGUGACCACCGGGGCAUUACAGACAAAGCUUGAUGAGAGUAAGGCCAAGGUAACCCAGCUCCAGACAAGUCUAAAGGACGUGGAGGGAGAGAGGGACUCGAUGAAGGCACAGCUGGAGUUCUCCAACCUGGUCGCCGAGGAACGCAAACGGCUUGAAGAUCAGAAUGUCCAGCUGACAAAAGAUGUGGAGACACUGCAGACACGAUUUAGUAAGGAGCUGGAGAAACAUGAUGCAGCCAAGACAAGUCUACAGACGGAUCUCGAUAACUCCUCUCAGCUGUUAAACCAGAAGGUGGAGGAGGUGGAGGCUUACGAGAAACAGAUUGCAAACCUGAAGAAUGAGAAUUCCUCACUGGAAGUGUAUCGGUCAUCAGUGGCAAGCCUGGAGGAAGAGAGGUCGGAGCUCCGGGAUGUGGUCAGGAGUCUGGAGCAAGCUGUGAAGGACGCCAAGGCAGAGGCUAAAGCCGCAGCCAACGAGGCAAAGAAUGCAGUCGCUCAAGCUAAGGCUAACAGCGUACCAGUCUCAGUUGAUGCUUUAACCACGAAAUUCCAGGAGGAGAAGGCAGCCACUGAAGGACAGGUUGAUUUCCUCAACUCAGUCAUUGUGGAGCUGCAGAAAAAGAAUUCUGAGUUAAAGAUAUGUCUUGAGGCCACCAUGGAAGGUGGUGUUGUAACCAACGGCAACAGUAACAACUCCGUGGAAGUGACUCCGAAAGCGAAGGCGCCCCCGCGUCUAUUCUGUGAUAUUUGUGAUGUGUUUGAUAAACACGACACAGACGACUGCCCACUACAAGCAAUGGACUUUGAGGAACCUCCGCCCUCCCAUCACCAUGGCGACCGCAAACACAUGCGCUCCUACUGUGACAUCUGUGAAGAAUUUCACGAACAAUGUGUCCUUCCUGAUGGUAUCAUUGAUGAUGUUUUGAGUCCAAUAAAGGUCAAUAUCACAGAAGCUCAAGAUUUCGACAUCAACGAUUAUCCUCCUGAAAACAUCCCAUAUGUGUACGCAGACGGAAGUGUUCUUAAACAAGCUAUCCUGGAAGAACCACCCGCAGCUGAUGAGACAGAAACGAAAUCUAGUGACGCACUUGUUGACAAUGAAGAUGACGAUAAUCAGGAGACGCACCACGACGAGGAUGCUUGGGAUUCUCUAUUGAAGCCGGACGAUCUGGACGCGCAGUAUAUCUCGGACGAGGAUCUGAUUGAAAAAGGAGAUCUAGUUAAAGGUUAUAGAGAAUUCGGCGACGAAUAUUUGCAUGAAACCGAAGAGAAUCGAACAAUAGCUGGUGUACCUGAUGAAGCUUGUGACGAAGAGGUAGAGGUAGAAAGGUCAGACGACAAAGAAGAUGAAAUCAUCGUUUCAAAUGACACGAGAGAAAAUAUAGAUGCUGAAUUGGAUGAUUCUGUAGACGAAUUUCUUGAAUUAGAAAAACAGCUAGCGACAGAAUGUGAGCAAACGGAUACCGGAAUUCCAUCCGAUAUUAGGCAUGUGUCGGAAGAAUUAAAUGCAGGUUUCGACGAGUACAUGCAAGCAAUCCAAGACCUCUCCAGUCAGAAAACUGAGAAAGGAAAAGAAGUGCUUUUUCACGAUUCUGAUGAUGAAGCGAUAAAUGAGGGUGAAUAUGUAGAUACACAGCCAGAGUUCCCCCUUGAACACGCGACAGAAACCGUCAUUGAUCAACUGAAGAAUCCCGAUGUUGAUUCGUCUAUGGACGAACCAAAAUCUGCUUCAGAUGCAGAAUACCUAACGGGACAGAUUGGUCCUGGUAUGGAUGAAAAAACUGAGACUGUAGCAAAUGAUGACGAGACCGAGGACGACAACAAGACUGAGGAACCUAGAAGGCAUUCUUCAACUUCAGAUGUAGAUUUUCAGUCAGGUGAAGAGAAUGUCAGUACAGACGGUCCUGGCGACGUUACAAAGGACGACGAUACCGAGUCGGAAGGUGAUGACAGGGUUUACGAAUGUACUUCAGACGUACCAGAAGGCGCUGGGAAACAGCCGGAAUGUGAUGAAGCGGUCAACAUUACGACAAAAGGCAUGAAAGAUGAAAACGGUGACGAUACCAUUGAUAAACCAUUUGGUGAUGAACAGUUGGAGAAGCAAGAAGAGCAUCUCGAUAAAGUCGAUGAAAAGAAGAAAGACGAUGAUGAAAAACAAGGGGCAGAAAUGGCGAUCGCUGGAAUGCCAGAGUUUUCAUCUGAUGAUAAGGAUGAAAAAUGUAAAAUUAGCUAGAUUCUGUUUAAGAACAUUGUACCUUCUAUUGUUUAAAUUAUUUUAUUUCGUCUGAUAGAAUUUUGCUCAAGUAGACAUAACUCUUUUCGUAUUUGUUAUUGCGGUUUCUACUUGAUCAAUUCCAUGGAUUUAUUUUUGUUGGAGUUCUAAGCGUUGAUAACUGUGCGUUGUAAAUUUUAUUUAUUUACGUUUGAUGAUGUCAUUAGUAUGCCAUACAUUGAUUUAUAUGUGUAACUUAUUCCAUGUUUACAUAGUUGUAUAUGUACCAUCGUAUGAGGUUGACAUUAUAUAACUCUACCACAUUUUGAUGGCAUUUAUAUAGGUUAUGAAUGCCAACAUAAAGCAGUUUU